UCUCUCUCUCUCCCAUUGCUGUCAUAACGUUACUAAAGGACAUGUAAGGUCCACGCUAUCCUUGAAACAGCCCCACCGCCAGAGUUUACCCCCCCACACUUACAGUUUACCGACACACGGCGUCUGUAACGUUGUUAGCCAGCAUGUUUAAAAGGAGUAAUACCGUAAAGUAUGUCCUGGACCUGGUUCCGGGUAAAAGUCGUCUCGGGACGUACAGGUUCCUUCCCAUCUUCUUUUGCAUCGGAGGUGUCAUGGAGUGGAUCAUGAUCAACGUGAGGAUAGGAAAAGAGACUUUCUACGAUGUCUACCGGAGAAAACAAUCAGAGCGGGAGUACGAGCAGAAGAUAGCAGAUGGUUUGAUGGUUCGUAAUGAGCCGGCAGCCAAGUGAACGUGGUCGGGUUUAAUGUGGACUUCACAUGUGUCGUCUAAGGACACAUUCCUGGACUCCUAAUUGUUUCCAACAGGCUGGAACGGACUUUAUAGCAUAUUACUGGGUUACAACAACUAUGUCACCGUUAGGAAUGUAAUUAAGAGUGAAAGGCUGAUGGAGAAAUCACUUCCAACAUGCAGGUUUUAUUGUUAAUAUGAUCUUCAGUUUAAGAAACAUUAGCAGUAAUGAUGCCACUAGUGUGAAAUCAAAUGUAACAAUGAAAUAAUGAAAUAAUAUACAUAUCAACAAUGUCUUAUAUUAUAGUCUAUGUUGAUGUGUUUAAAAAUGUUGCAUAGCACCUGCCAAGACAAAACAAUCUCAGCUCAAUGUAACAAAUGAAAAAAUACAAAAAAAGAGUCUUUGUUUGUAGAGACAUCUUGGAUGAUUUUACACAGAUGUGUUUAAUACUGGCAGAGAGCAUUUAAAAAGAAACAAAAAAAAGCUCUUUCUUCUGCUUGUCUGCCUUUCUGUUCUGUAACUAUAUAAUUCCUGUGUAAUUAUAAAAACUGUUCUCGAACUGUACGGUAGAUUUGAGUAUAUAAAAUGUAACUUAAGAA